AUGCGUUACUCCUUCACACUCGCUUCUUUGGGCCUGAUCUCCUCGGCUCUGGCCAUCACUAUCACUACUCCGUCAUCAGACACGGAAUGGGACUUUUCUACCCCGAAAACCAUCAAAUUUACCAGCGACUCCAGUGAUCCUGAGUAUAUCAGUAUCAUCCUGCGAAAUGAGGAUGGCUCCUUCCAGACCAAGUUGGCGGACAACGUGAAGACCUCCGAGGGGGAAUACACCACUCAACCCAACCCUAGCAUUUCCAACGGAGAUGACUACGAGAUCCAGAUCAUUGACUCAUCAGGGCAGCUCGCCGUGAGCCCGGUGUUCACAGUCGAGAAGGGAGCUUCGAACGAUGGUACAACGUCCUCAUCCUCAUCCUCCUCAUUAUCUUCUUCCUCAUCCUCAUCGACCACUUCAUCGUCCUCAACGUCCACCUCCACCACCUCUACCACCUCCACUACUUCCUCUACAUCUAGUGAGACCACUUCUACCUCAAUCACUACCACCACCACCACCACCACUCCAGGAUCGUCGACACCUGCCUCCAACUCGACCAGCACUACCGCGACUGCCGCCGCGCAGCAGUCGGUCGGUGCCGCGGCGUCUACCUCCGGGACUACCAAGGGGGCGCUGGCUCUGCUGGGUGCGGUGGUCGCGCUCUUCUACGCCUGA